AUGGACAACCUUCGUGAGACCUUCCUCAGCCUCGAAGAGGGCUUGGGCCCCUCCGACAGCCCCGGCCUGCUGUCCUCCUGGGACUGGAACAACAGGGCAGGGCCCUUUGAGUUGAACCAGGCCUCCCCAACCCAGAGCCUGUCUCCGGCUCCGUCGCUGGAGUCCUAUUCUUCUUCUCCCCGACCGGCUGUGGCUGGGCUGCCCUGUGGGCACGGAAGUGCCACCAAUGGGGGCAGUGGGGGCUGCAGUGGCCGUGGGACCGGUGGCCUCGUGGAGGUGGACUACAACAUGUUAGCCUUCCAGCCUACCUAUCUGCAGGGUGCUGGGGGCCCCAAGGCCCAGAAGGGCGCCAAAGUCAGGAUGUCUGUGCAGCGGAGACGGAAGGCCAGCGAGAGGGAGAAGCUUCGGAUGAGGACCUUGGCCGAUGCCCUGCACACCCUCCGGAAUUACUUGCCCCCUAUGUACAGCCAGAGAGGCCAGCCGCUCACCAAGAUCCAGACGCUGAAGUACACCAUCAAGUACAUCGGAGAACUCACAGAUCUCCUCAACGGCGGGAGGGAGCCUCGGUCCCAGAGCGCCUGA